GAAUAAUGUUUUCAAAAGCAUCACUACAUUUCUUGAAAAGAACAGCAAGAAGAUUUUCAAAACUCGUUUCAGUCAAUGGCAAGAAGUACAAGGUUCCUUCGAACUUCAAGGAGCCUGCCUACGACAUGAAUCAUAUCCAGAACGACUCCAAAGUCCUUCUGCUUAGGCAUGGGAACACCCUCUUCAACUUGACUUAUGAUAAAAUAUUUCACGAUAAAGGUUACGGCCAAGAAAUUCUAGACUUUUGGCAUGACGACAACUACAGAGACAGUCCUCUCUCUGAGUUUGGUAUUGAGCAAUGCAAGUAUGCAUCACAGUUUGCUGAUAAGCUCGAUAUCGACAUGGUCUUGAUAAGUCCUCUCAGAAGAACUCUUCAAACUGCCCAUUAUGUUUUAAGGAAUCAUCCUCAAAAGGAAGAAAUAAAAUAUGUCAUCCAUCCAGGAAUCAGAGAGCAUGUCUAUGGAUAUUGCGAAAUGACACGGAAUUGGGAAAAGAAGUAUAAUGAGGAGUACAAGCAUAUGUUCCCUAACCUGGAUGCCAGCCUUAUGAUGAAGGAAGAUGGACAUUAUGAUGAACUCUUCUAUUCCAAGAACUUCCAACCGGAAGUGAGUGAAAAAUUCUCAGGCAUGUCGAAAAAGACAAUCGACCACAUAAUCAUGGAGGCAGCAAGGGACAACUUCCCAAGGGCUGCUGAAAGUUAUGAAUCAACAUGUGACAGGACUCUAGGGGUUAAGGAAUAUGUAAGAAACUACCUUAAAAACAGGAAUCCAGAAAAUGAUCACAAGAAAAUACUCCUAGUCACACACUGUGUGACCCUCAGAGUUUGGAUGGGAGACUGGAGUGGCAUGUCAAAACCAUACCAAGAUUUCCCAAAAAAUUCAUAUUGGGUUUCCAACUGCGAGUUCUUCCCUGAUACUCAAUACAAUUAUUCAAGCUCCCUUUAAAUCUCACCUAAUAAUUCACCUAACUAUUUCCCCCUAAAGAAUAAU